CUAUAAUAACAACUGAAUAUAUAAUUGGACUAUAAUAACAACUGUAUGCCCACUGAAUUUAUUGUAUUUCUUAAGGUUCUACUUUUAAGUUUUCUACGCAAAUUCUUUUCGUUUUUUGCGUUUCUACACUCUAUCAACGAAAUUGUACUUUUCCAAUUUACUGACAAAGUGCACUUAUAGACGAUCGCUCCUUUUCCCCUCUAUCUCUUUUUCUCUAUCUUUAUAUGCAUGCACUUACGUCUUUCCUUGAAAGUUUUUCCCGUUUUUCGUUAUUCGCGAUGCGUAAAUGGUCUGACAUGUAUCUAACGAAUGUUUCCAUUUUUCUUUUUUUUUAUAGAUCAUGCGGAGCUGUAUGACUGGCUAACUGAUUCGCUCGUAAAGCAGGAGACCGCCAAUGACAUUUCGCAAAAUUACUUCGAUUUCGUCGCCACCGAUUACAACGACUUAUCAUCAGAUCCUUUGGAACAUCGCAAGAAGAAGCUGGUGCCGCUCAUUUGCAAGGAGUGCGGCAAGAGGUUCUCGAGAAACGACAGCCUCAAAAGACACGAGAAGCUCUAUUGCAAAGUUAAAAGCAAAAUGAGAACGGACAGUGCGGUGCGGACAAGAGCAAUGACGAGGAGCCGGAGGUCUGUGAGGUGCCGUUUCACGGUCAACUGACGAUGAACUACUUGCUCUGCGACUCGUCGAUUCUGAACAGCGUGGAGGCCAACGUGGUACAGAAAAGCGCCAAGUCCUGCCAGCAGUUCCGCUGCGACGGCUGUGGCCGGGCUUACACACGGGUUGACAGCCUGAAACGCCAUCAGCAGAAGUGCGACGAGUUUUUGGCGUCCUUUCAAGACCGACAGGAGAAGCUGGAGAGGCUUCAGCAGCAGGAGUACUAUUGCAAUCAGUGCGGCAAAACAUACAGAAGGCUGGACACUCUACGCCGCCAUCAGCGACUGGUGUGCGGUGACAAAGAGAGUAAUCAUGCUUUAAAGGUGGACAAGGCGAGCCUGUAAAGAGAAUGCGGUGAUGAAA